GGAAACGUGCAGUGCAGUGUCCCCGUUGGCGAGGCGUGAUGCUGAGGUGAUGCAGAUGCAACCAGAAGAGGGUGCAGAGGAUCAUCUCGCUGCUGUCAGCAGAAGCGAGCUGACUUCCAAAACUGAUGCUGCCCGCCUGCCUACUUUGGGUAGGAUUAACAACCGGCGCGCCACCGCCAUCGCGCUUCCAUCGGACAUUUAACAAUCCAUCAAAGUAGGAAUGUAGAGGAAACGCAGACUGAGCUGUAAAUGUUUCGGCACCCGAGAACUCAGUAUGAAGAAGUCAGUGCGGCCUGUGGUGAGUAAGGCGAGUACUGAUCGAGGGAAGGCAGAAGCCCCAUCUACCACUGGCACCGGAAAGCCUGCAGCCAAGAGUAACAGUGCCGCACCUCUGCCAAAGGUGAAAAGCAAUGAUGAUCUUUUAGCGGCAAUGGCUGGAGGGACUCCCGCAUCAAGUAAUGCUGUCAGCAAAACCAAGAGAACUGCCUCAGUCGGGACCACUGCUAGCACCGGUGACAACAAGCAAAAAGCACCAGCAGUUUCCUCAACCAAGCGUAUGACAUCAUCAACUACAAAAGAGCCAAAUUCUUCACGAGACCGUCUUCGGACAUCCAGGACGUCAGCUAAUAAGAAGCAGCUGGUCUCAGGGACAGCAGCAGGCGAUGCAGCCUCGGGGAAGCGCUCUCGCAGCCAGAUCCUGACGGAGUCCGAGAGCCGUAUGAGCAAGUCAAAAUCAGAUGGCCAGAUCAGUGAUAAGGUGGCAUUGGAGACAAAAGUCAACGACCUCCUUGGACUCGCAAAGAGCAAAGAUGUGGAGAUUCUACACCUUCGCAAUGAACUGAGAGACAUGAGGGUCCAGCUUGGCAUGGAAAGAAAGGACUCGCCCCUGCAGGAAGAGGCUGAGGAGGGGGAGAAGCCGCAUGUCUCGGCCAUCACAGCAGCUGACGUCGAGUCCACUCUGCUUUUGUUACAAGAGCAGAACCAGGCUAUCAGAGAGGAGCUCAACCUGCUGAAGAGCGAGAAUCGAAUGCUCAAGGACCGUCUCAAUGCGCUGGGAUUCUCUCUGGAGCAGAGGCUGGAUGGUUCUGACAAGUUACUGAACUACCCAUCCGUCAGCCCUGACUUGGCGGCUGGCGGUGGGCAGAGUGAGGGCGGAGCCACCCUGACUUCCUCAGUGGAGGGGUCGGCCCCUGGUUCCUUGGAGGAUCUACUCAGUGGUCAACAGCACGGUGGGUCAGUGGACAAUCUGGACAGCGAAUCCAGUGAGGUCUAUCAGGCUGUCACCUCCAGCGACGAUGCGCUGGACGCCCCCUCGGGAGCCUCCUCAUCCUCCGAAUGCGAGUCUGCUCCCAGCAGAGAGCGUUCACGGAGGGGCAGCAGUGGAAAUGCCAGCGAGGUGUCAGUCGCCUGUCUUACGGAGCGCAUCCAUCAGAUGGAAGAGAACCAGCAUAGUACCGCUGAGGAGCUGCAGGCCACAUUGCAGGAGCUGGCUGAUCUGCAGCAAAUCACCCAAGAGUUGAACGGGGAGAACGAGCGGCUCGGCGAGGAGAAAGUCAUCCUCAUGGACUCGUUGUGCCAGCAGAGCGACAAGCUGGAGCUGUACGGUCGACAGAUAGAGUACCUGCGCUCCUUGCUGGACGAGCAUCAUGUCUCGUACGUGCUCGAGGAGGACAUCAAGAGCGGGCGCUACAUGGAGCUGGAGCAGCGCUAUGCCGACCUGGCGGAUAACGCCCGCUUUGAGAGAGAGCAGCUGCUGGGGGUGCAACAGCACUUGUCCAACACUUUGAAGAUGGCGGAGCAGGACAACGCCGAAGCCCAAGAGGUGAUUGGAGCCCUGAAGGAAAGGAACCACCAAAUGGAGCGCGUCAUGGACUCGGAGCGACAAGAACGGGCAGCCAUGGCAGCUGCGCUUGAGGAAUAUAAAGCGGCAGUGAGCAGUGACCAGGCGGAGCUGAGCCGCUGCCGAGCCCAGUUGGACCAGGAGAGGCAGAGGGUUGCUGAGCUCUACUCUCUGCAUACAGCGGGGGACAAAAAUGAUAUCUGCCAGCUUUUGGAAAGUGCGCGACAGGGGAAGGAGGAGGCUGAGGCCAAGGCCGCGAAGUUGCAGGAUGAGCUGGAACAAGCUCACAGUGACCUUGCCCUACUGCAGGAUACUCUGAAUAAGCUUGACAGGGAAUACAGAGACUUCCAGCAGCAGGUGCAGCAGCAGAUGGCUGAGCAAGCGCACGUGCUGGAGAAACAGCGUGUGGAGCUGCAGGAGAAGGAGACGGAGAUCGUCGACAUGAAGGAAACCAUCUUUGAGCUGGAAGACGAAGUGGAGCAGCACCGAGCACUGAAACUACAUGACAACCUCAUCAUCACCGACCUUGAGAACUCCGUAAAGAAGCUACAGGACCAGAAGCAUGACAUGGAACGAGAGAUAAAGAUCCUUCAUCGCAGACUCAGGGAGGAGUCGAUGGAGUGGCGUCAGUUCCAAGCAGACCUGCAGACAGCUGUGGUCAUUGCUAAUGAUAUCAAGUCAGAAGCGCAGGAAGAGAUUGGAGACCUGCGGCGCCGACUGCAGGAGGCCUUGGAGAAGAAUGACAAGCUGAGCAAGGAGCUGGAUGAGGUCAAGAGCCGCAAACAAGAGGAGGAGAGAGGCCGAGUGUAUAACUAUAUGAAUGCAGUGGAGAGGGACUUGGCCGCACUCAGACAGGGGAUGGGUCUGAGUCGUCGAUCUUCCACCUCUUCCGAGCCUUCACCAACUGUUAAAACACUCAUCAAGAGCUUCGACAGUGCCUCGCAAGCACCACCACCUUCCAGUACUGCCACUGUGACUCCAACAGCGUCAGCUGCUCCACUACCACGCACCCCUCUCAGUCCUAGUCCAAUGAAGACUCCUCCGGCUGCUGCUGUCUCACCUAUACAGAGGCACUCUGUAUCCACAUCGCUGUCAGCUCCCAAGACGCUAUCCCCCCUCAGUGACAAGAGGACCAGCUAUUCCGACAUCUCCCUGUCAUCUGAGCACCUUCUCAGAGGAGCCCCAGCCAGUCGACCGCCUUCUGUCCUCCAAAGGGUCUCCAACAUGGAUUCCACCAAGACAAUUUCAGUGUCCCGCCGGAGUAGUGAAGAGAUAAAGAGGGACAUGACAGCCCAAGACGGAGGCUCCUCAUCGUCGCUGAUGGUCAUGAGUGCCGCCUCUUCUCCUCUCUCAAUGUCCUCCGCCUCUCCCACGGCCUCCGUCACUCCCACGGCGCGUAGCCGUCUAAGAGAGGAACGAAAGGACCCACUAUCUGCACUGGCCAGAGAGUAUGGAGGCUCCAAGAGAAACGCUCUGCUGAAAUGGUGCCAGAAGAAAACCGAGGGCUAUCAAAACAUUGACAUCACCAAUUUCAGCAGUAGUUGGAAUGAUGGUCUGGCAUUCUGCGCUGUGCUUCACACCUACUUGCCGGCCCACAUCCCUUAUCAAGAGCUGACCAGCCAAGACAAGAGGAGGAACUUCACCUUGGCGUUCCAGGCUGCAGAAAGUGUCGGGAUCAAAUGCACUUUAGACAUAAAUGAGAUGGUGCACACCGAGAGGCCAGACUGGCAGAGCGUCAUGACUUACGUCACAGCUAUCUACAAAUACUUUGAGACCUGACUAAAGGUUGCUGCUGCUACUGGGCCGCACCUCAACUUCACCCCAACAUCACAACUGUACCUCGCUGGAUACCGCCGCCGCCACCCACCGCAUUGCAUGUUCAGCGUCAUUUUCAGUAGUUUGAAACACCAAGAGCAGACCUCGAUCUGAAAGGAAACACACACUCGCACGCAAGUGUUGCCUGUAUGCAGUGUCACGAUGAAGCCUUGAGAAGUGAACCAAGUAUGAGCUGACUUCUUACACUGAAGAAACACGCCUCAGUGCCUUCUGCCUACAUUUCCCUUUUGCAAGCAAUUCUGCUCGACACUUUGCCCAGAUGUUUGCUCAUUAGCAAACAAUAAAACAAGUGCGAGGCCCAGCUCUUCCCUAUUAUGAUGGUGAAUACAUUGAGGCAACAUCGGUUACGUAUCUGUAACAUAUCAUAUCAGCACAAUUGGAAUUCCCUCAAUCCUUUAACUAGAGCUCAGGCAGCUUUAUUUUUUUAUUUUUAUUUUUUUGCAGUAUUCCAGAUGUUCAUGUAUGGUCUCAGAUGCCUUUGUUUGAGAGGAUCAAGUGCCUGUGUGAUGAGUAAUGCCUGACACCAGCUCAGACCUCCUGAGAGCCAAACCCUGAAGAGUUUCUUUUCACUACAACAUAUGAAGAUGAAGAUCAGGUCCAAUACUGUAGCCGACGUUGCAGAGGCUUUUUUUUUUUUUUGCUUAAUUUAUGCUGGUUGCCGUGUAUGACAGGGUUCUGCUACAGUAACAAAUAUCUGAUUACGAGGGGCUCUCUCAUUUUGAAGCAUAAAAAAAAAAGCCCGACACACUAAGAGGCGUUCAAGCGCCAAUUCUUUUGCUGGGUUUUCAGUUAUAGGGGUGUGAAAUAUGUUAAUGUGUGGGUUUUAAUAUCAAGUUAACACUGCAUAAUGUUUGGUUGUGAGCAUUGGGGUGUGAUGUGAAUGAUAAAAUUAACGGUGCUGACAGCACUUAUGCAAGAUCCUGGAAAAUUCUAUUGGAAUGAAUUGAAAUUGAAUAAUUCAUGAUUGGAAAUUAAUUCCCACAGAAAAUGACCUUCUCUUCCUCAGCAAAACGUACAAUGAAAAGUUUCCAGAAUCUUGAUAUAAUUUUUUUUUUUUUUUUUUUUUUUGCUUUUUCCUAAGUCACACAUUUGAUGACUGUACACUCAUUUGGGAAGAAGCAUUGUCAAAAUGAAGUCAGAGCCUGAGGAUUGUUUACUUAGCUUAGCAACAAUGCUAAAAGGCUAAGCAAACUAAAGACCGCAAAGCCGUGGAGAUCCUCCUUCCGUCACUUAUGAGGGCCACUAACGCACAUUUGAUCUCAUUUAUCCAACAACGUUAUGUGUGAAUAUGUGAACUUUCAAAGAGCUAUUAUUUUUAACGUUUUGCCGACAUCACAUAUAGAAGGCUAGCUGUUUCACUGUGCUUAAUGAAAGCUAAGCUAACAACUCAUUGGCCUCAUUCUCCCAUUUAUGGGAUGAAUUGUCCACAAAUAGCUCAUUUACAUGCUCCCCCUUUAUGUUCAGCGUGUUAGAAAACAUUUUAUUAUGUUUGUUAAACUUCCUACUGUGACUUAACAUUAUUUUAGAGAUGCUGAGUAUACAUUGGUGUGGCACUGAUGUCCAUUGUGCCAGCGACAUGACUAUCUGGCUACUGUGUGUCAAUUGUGCCUCAAUUUACAUGUUGAGUUUAUUUAUUUGGAUUUUUCCAAUCACUGUAUUAUUAUUUGUGUGCGUGUGUGUGUGUGUGUGUGUGUGUGUAUAUAUGAGUAUCUGAAAAGAUUUGUUACAGUACAAGAGGCCGCUGCACCUAUGAAAAGCCGUUUGCGCAUUUAUUGAUAUUAUUUGCAUCCGUUACACUCUUUGUCCUAAUUUACUGCACUUGUAGUGAAAAAAAAAUGCUACUAGUGUUAAAUAAUGGUUCAAAAGUAGGGUCAAAAUGUUAACUAGUGCACAGUUUUGCCUCAUUAGUAACAAGUAGUUAGCCUACCAGUAUCCCAAAGUUGUCCUACAAGUGAAUACAAAGCAUAUCCUAGUACAUGGGCCUGUGGCUGGAUAUCAAGUAAGCGUUUAUUGCAGGUUACUGGUACAUGAGACGUGGUCUAACUAGUUGUGUCUAGUGCAGCAAUUUCAUUUAUGUAUCAGGUUGAAUUGUGCACCUGGAGAACAGCGGUGGCACAAUUGUGGUGAGGAAAACAAUUACUAGUGCUUUACUGUAGUUCUAUGACUAGUUCUACUAGUGCGUUGAAUUAAUCUACUAAUGACACAGAGCGUACUAGCGUAUGGAUCUUAAAAUGGAUAUUGAGUAAAUGCUCCAAGGGCUUUGCAUGUACGCCUGGUCAGCUUCCCCGCCACCCCCCAACUUCCUGCUCAUGUCUUGCCUUAACUGUUUAGCUUUUGAGAGCGUUAAACUUGCAGUUUUCUUCCCACACGGUGUGGAAAAUGGAUGAGCGUGCCUCUUGAGAAACACUAAUAAGGUCUUUUGGCAAGGCAGAUUGAUUUGAUCAGUGUGUAUGGUGUGCAUUACUGUGUAUGCUGAUUUGGGUCAGAUGAGGCUGCCAGCUGCUAUCUAUAGCAAUGUAGUUGUUUUCAUCUUGGAUGCUAUUGCAAAACCCGCAUCCCUGCCAUCUGUACAGCGGCUUAGACAUCCAGUCAUUUAGCACCAGCGACAAUUUUGUGGACCGGAAUGUGUAAAUGUGGGAUAUUUAAGUGCAUUUGAAAGCAUCGGGCCAACACUUUUAUAGUGUACUGCUCGAUUCCAUUGCUGAACUCCGUGUUAUUAUUCCCACCUGGAUUGUGUGGGAGCCACAGGAACAAUUGGAUCCUCUCUCUUGCUCUAAGUGAAAUAUGUUUGCGCUUGCUUGUUUGGAGCAACUGAUGAACACUCAAUCCAGCACGGGCGCUACAUUCCACCUCCACAUGUUUCAGCCACAAAAGAGAGAGCAAGCUAGAGAGUGAGCAAAGAGACGUUGCAUUGCAGGGCCUUCCAUGUGUGAUGAUGGCCUCUCGAAGCAGGAAAGCAAAUGUGAACAGUGCUUUGGUUCUUUACUGGAUCUGCAUCAUGUUUUGCUUGCCUUGGUUUACUUGAAAAUGCUCUGAGAAUUCCACUGAACCGACUAGGUUUUGUUUUUUUUUGUUUUUUUAACUUCAUGUUGCCAAUAAAUCCAAUAUUUUCUUUUCCAGUUCA